AAUGCUGUUGUGUUUCUUUGUUUAGCAGAGACCGACGCAGUUUCCACGUGCAUUCAGCAUGACAUACCAACCUGCUGGUCUGAACAGGUGCCUGACAGCUUGUUAUGAGCACUUUGUAAAGUUAAUGUUUUGUUUUGGCUUUGCUGCAGUGCUGGGCAGGAAAGGUACCAACUAGAACAGAAAGCGCACCCAUCCCUGUUCCUGGCUAGCCUGGGAUUCAUAAACAGGCUCUGGCACAGUUAGGGUAUUUCUGUGUUUUGUUAGCAAACUUUGCUUUCCACAGGACUUUUUAAAAGUAGCUGAAACAUUCAUACCUGUGUGAGUGAUUUUAUGUGUGAGAUUACAAAGAGUCCCAACCUUUAAAGGGCCUGUUAAUUUUUGUAUUUGCAUUUGGGCCUCACCAAAGACAUUACUUUAUCCUAGAAGUUAACGUUUCCCUUUUUUUUCAUUGGAGGUAAUAAACCAGGAGCUGUCUGAAAUCUUUUUAGCUGUGUUGGUCAGGCUACUUAACUGCCCUAAGUCUCUGCAUAACAAUAUCGAACUGCUUGGAAGACUUUGGCCACUUUUACAAUAAAAGCUGCAAUACCAAUGCUUUUGGUAAUUUGACUAAAUUUCUGACUUGUGAAUGGGGAGACAAAAGCAACUUCAACCUCUGUUUUUGCAGGGUACAAAGACCUGAGACUGUGGUUGAACACAAACCUGAAAACUUGUCCCUGACUGAAGCUGGCCCCUUGCAUUGGCAGCCCUGUCUGCAACAUGGUCCCUUCUAGGCAGAGUUACAGUGCUGCAGCUGGCAGACAAGGUGACAGAUUGUUCCUCAUUUGCUUUGUAGACUCAGCAACCUUGUUCAAGGGCUGAGCAGAGGCAGAGCAGGACAAGGAAAAUCUGACUUUGCAUUAACCUGAUGGGACCAGCUGGCAGUCAAAUAAUACCUCUGGUCUAGUCUGGAGUCCCCUCCAGGUGAGAGCGCUUUCCUGGAAGCCAGGUAGAUUUGGCUGGAAACUUGUGGCUGAUCCCUUUUUUUUCAGGGAUCAGCAAAGAAGAGGGUUCCUUCUGGUGCUGUGGCUCACUGUGCUCCUCCUAACAGGAAGGUCCAUUGCCAGCCCUGCUGCAUGUGGGAUACAUGGCAUCUCCUUAAUCUUUUCCUUGCUGAAACACAGCAAGUUGCAAAGGAAUGCUGGGGUAACUGUGGAUGAAACCUUGGAUGCUUUUGUUUACAGUGUCACCAAAAGCAAAUUAAUUGCUGCCACUUUUCAGUGGGAGCCAGGGACCUCAGCCUGCCACUAAAAACCUGCUGUUGUCUCCCCACUGCACAAGCACAGGAUUGGUUCUCCCAGUAGGUUCUCCCUACACACAGCCUUCCAGCUACCAUUAAAUUUCUGCCCAUCUGUUUUGCUGAGUUACUUGGUACAUGGCUGACCUUGCUCUGGGUUUACCUGACAUUUGUCUGCAUCCCCAUCCUGCACCCUGCAGAUACACAGUCUGUCUGAACCUGGCAGCUUGAUCCUGCCACUGCACAUGGUGACAUGACUGGGGACCUAGUCCAUGCUUCAUCCUUAAAGGGUGUGUGAUGUAAAUGCAGGGCUGGGGUACAUACAGAAAAAAAAGCAAACAUCUGCGCUGGAUUCGGUGUCACAAAGCAGGCAGGAAGGGAGAAGCCCUGCUGCUGAGCACAUCUGUUUUGGGACGGGAGGUGAGCUUGCCCAUCAGUAGGAUGCGCAGGCUAGCUUUGGGAAGAGCAGCAAUGAAGGUGGCAUUCCUUGUCUGGACAGUGGGACCAUGAGUGUCUGUGCAGGGAGCUAGCGCGUAGUGAAAACCCUGCAGCCACAUGUUCAUGGUUUUACAACCCCUGCAUUUGCUCAUCAGUAGAGUGCCUGCAUUUUAGUUUUUGUGUGGACACACCUGGAGUGCGAGACCAGAGCCACAGCAUUAGCCAGAAGCCUUUAAUGUAAAGUCAUAUAUUCAGUGGGUGUCCUUCAGACAGUAUUCUGCAGCUGCUUGAUGGCUUGGAGUAUUUGGUUUUAUCCUUCAUUAAUUUCUUUCUUCUUUCCUUUCUUCCUCCUGCGCAUUUUUCCCUCAAUUCCACAAUGUAAUCUCCAAAUGUACCCCCAAACAAACACAACUUUCACUGCCCAUGUGAACACGUGGGGCCGUAGCUGCCCAUUGCCAGUGGGUGCCAUGCGGGCUCCCGUCGCCUCUGUCUAUAACCCUCUGCAGGCACCGAGCUCCGGGUCACCGCAGCGGAGGCACAGCACCUCCUCCGUCCCCAGCCAGGUCCGAGUGGGGCCUGAGCAGCUGAAGCACGUGGCCCAGGUCUGCCCCAACAGCCCCGUGGAAGUGGAGGUGCCAGGACUCAAAGUGCUGCACAGGCAGUUCAAUUCUCCCUUGCAGCUCUAUUCGCAGAGCAACAUCAUGGACACCCUGCAGGGGCAAAUCUCUUCUGUUAGCCCUGAUUUCCCCAGUUUAGAUCAACAUAGUCAGCCCCCAGGCAGCAGUGCCAUAGGCAGAGAAUCUGAGGUUUACAAGAUGCUUCAGGAGAAUCAAGAGUCAAAUGAGCCACCCAGACAGUCUGCCUCAUUCCUUGUGUUGCAAGAGAUCUUGGAGUCAGAAGAGAAAGGAGACCCUACCAAACCAUCUGGAUUUAGGAGUGUCAAAGCCCCCACCACAAAGGUGGCCUCAUCGAUUGGGAAUGCCCAGAAGCUGCCCAUGUGUGAGAAGUGUGGAUCUGGCAUUGUAGGGAUGUUUGUGAAGAUCCGGGACAAGCAGCGUCACCCCGAGUGCUACGUGUGCAGUGACUGUGGCACCAAUCUCAAGCAGAAAGGACACUUCUUCGUGGAAGACCAAAUCUACUGUGAGAAGCACGCGCGGGAGCGGGUGGUUCCCCCAGAGGGCUACGAGGUGGUCACUGUCUUCCCAAAGUAAAUCGUGCUGCUCACAAAGCCAAUGUGGAUGGUUUAUCCUCUGCUGCUUUUCCUUGGAAAGCAUUAUCCCUGCCCCCUGCAGAAUCUUAUUUGCAAUAAGGAAUGCUAGGCAUGGCUUUGAAUUUCCUUGUCAUUAUUAAUCCUCCAUCUGUUCACAAGAUGUCACUAAUUGUCCAACAUUUUUUCAUCCCCUCUUUCACUGUUUGGUUUUUUUUUUAAUACACAGAUUUCCCCCCCUCCUUUAUGCUGUCAAUCACACAGGAAAAUCAGAGGCCAAAGUCAGAUUACAACUCUUCUAUGUCCCCGUUAUUUGCCUUCUGUUUGCCUUCAAUAAAUGGGGUGAAUCCACAAAGCAGAA